AUGUUGCGGACACCUUUUCCAGGUAGCGUCACGCCGUACGCGUCGCUGCUGCGGCGCUGGUCCGCCAACGCAAGUCUCUACCACCUACGACGCUGGGCUGUGCACCUUAUUAUUGCAUGCUUGGCAGUCUAUUCGACGCUGCGACUGAUGGCUCCGGAUCGAGGUAACCUCGCGGACUGGCUGGAUGCGCUAGCCGCCAGCCGCGAUAGCCCGUCGGCGGCGUUCUGGGACACCCCCUCGGCGCCGUUCCGGGCGAAAGCGGCUACCGCGGAACCCGCGUCAGCGCCGAACGCUCAGCUGGGACGCAUCAGUGCGCUCGAAUCACUUGCCACAUUGUCAACGACGUCCUGGGCCUGGACGUCGAAGGCCCAGAAUCUGACGCCCCCACGCAUUUUCGUGUAUCCUGGGUGGUUGUAUAGUCAACUCUGGGGCGGCAGUGCAUCCCAGUACGUACCAGCGUACGCUGCGUUGGCAGCGAAUGCGGCGCAGCAGUAUGCGCUGCACUAUCCGUACCGCACUGUUGACCCGGACGCCGCUGAUAUCCUGGUGACGCUACUGGCGAGCGCUUCGCCCAGCGUUGCAUCGCGCGGCCCCAUCGAAGCUGCACGAGCGCUUUGUCGCGCACUGGCGGCGAACCGUGGCUCAGAGUCGUGUUGUCGCCGCUGUCGCCAUGUCAUCCUCGCAGGCGAGACUGCGCUUAUCGUGUCCUCCACUGAGAUGCUCUUCGACACUAGCGUGCCAAGCUUGGAAGUGCGCUGGCUCGUUCCGCCUUUUCCGAAUGCAUUCGACGCGCCAAGCUCCAGACAAAAGACAACGGAAUCGCGGCCGUAUACGGUUUCCGUGUUGACGCAGCUGCUGCCGUCCGAAUCACUCUACGUGGCGUCCUGGUAUGCCGAGACUGACGUUCGCUUCUUCACCAGCAGCGACGCUCUGGACCUCUGGUCGCUGGCGUCGAGCACUCGUUUCUGCUUGGUUUCGGCGAGUCCGCAUUGGCAGGGACGUAUCGCCGUGGCCAUGAGCGCUGGCUGUAUCCCGCUGUGCAUUGCUGGGGACUCGGCCCGGCUUGUCCUCGGAGAAUCGGAAACCGUUCUGCCAGGUUCUCCGGACCAGUGGCUUGCCGUUCUGCGUCUGUACCCCACGGAGCGGGUCGAGCAGUUAAGCGCUGGCGUCCAGGCAUGGUUCCAGAGCCAUCUGGGGGCCCCGGGUGCGCACGCCCUGGACGACGCUACGCCGGCGUAUGCACAACAGUUAGCCAUCCGAUUCUUCGUGUCGCUGGCAGAGGAGCGCGCUAGCGACGAGGAGCUCCUCGCGCCGGACGAUGCGAAAUACACACCAGACAUCGGGACGGCUUUAUCGGAAACACUCGAUCGUGAACUGCACGAACAGCAGUGA